UUUUUCAUGUCAUUUGUAGCAGUCGCUCUGGUUCUAUUUCCAGGGUGUGUGCUUGGAAAAGAUGUAUCAGUUUUCCUAGGACAUAGCCCUUAUGAUUGGAUGGAUACCAACACAAUUCUAUACAAUUACAAAGGAUUUUUCCAACCAAUGAUAGAUUUGGUGAAAAAUGAAACAGAAACCCACUGGGACGGAGACCUCAAUGUAGUGUUUAAAACUGCGGAUCUUUCAAAGGACUCGUUGACAAGAUCACUACGGACCUGGGAUACACUGAGUAAGAUAUUUGACAUGAACAAGAAAGAUGAGUUACAGGGAAUAAUUGGUGUAUCUACAUCAGCAGAGGGUGCGUUUGGCUCAGAGAUGUGCAAUGUUCCAUACAUUCAUACCUACAAUGACAAUGGCAGGGACUUGUUACUGGAGAAGGAAGGAAAAGAUAAGAUUAACACCUUCAGCACGACUAUAAGACUAGGACCAACCACGUCUUUUAUUGCAAAUGGGGUCCUUGAUUUUCUGUAUUCGAUAGAUCAUAGAGGUAAUAAUAGAAAAGUUGAGUUAAAGAUCUUUCAUGAAAACUCCUUUGGAUCUGAAAAAAUAGCUGAUCGCAUUAGAACGACCAUAAGGGAUGUGGAGAGCGAUAGCCCUUUUUCUUCUUGGGAAGUGCAUCUAAGCUCAUAUGAGCUUGAUGUUUUUUCUGGAGCUACAACUGAUAAAAACUACCUGUUCAGAGAGAAAAUGUCAAAACUUGACUUUUUCGACACCACUUGCGCUGAUGCUCUCACUCAAACAAGGGCUGUAAUUGUUAUUGGUAGUGUUGGCUUCAUCAGAAACACGGCAAUAUCAAUGUACAGAGCGGCAGCGGCGUCGGAUAAAUUCUCGUUCGAAGAUUAUCUUAUUAUCGGAAUACCAGCAACACUCUGGCCCCGACCUUCUUACAAAGCCGAGGACAUUCUGAAGAUACAUGAUAAUUUUGUUAAGUCCAGUGAUGAUGAGACUGCUAAACUUGCUUUCAGGAAUAUGUUCGUGUUUACAGAUGUGUUUAACGAAACACGAUACGACGAGCUCUCAGAAAAAGUUAAAGACAACUUUUAUGGCGAUAAACUUAAAAGCAAACACAAAUGGACUCCAAACAGACCAGUUCCUACUUGGUCUGGAUACACUCACGACGCAGCCCUUUUGUUAAUGAAAGCAAUCAAGGAGAAAAAGUAUCCGUCUCAUUUCUACGAUUAUCUCAUCGAUCAUGAAACCUGGACCGAGGCUGAUUUCGAAGGAAUCCAACCAUUCUCCGGCAAUAUUAAAUUCAAUAAGUAUGGAGACAGAGAAACAACACUUGACGUCUCACACUUUGGGAUUAACAACACAUGGUAUCUAGUAGGACAGGUUCAACCGGUUCAAUAUAAUGGCAAGGUUGAAACUGUCAAGGGAUAUGUCGCUUCUGUGGAAUUGAAAGACAUUGAGUGGCCUAAUGGAAAAAAAAUACCUGAACUACGUCCCAAAUGUGGUUACGAAGGGUGCAAGGGAUUGAGCGAGGGUACCAAGAAUAUUAUUUACAUAAUCAGUAUUGUAAUUGGAUCAGUAGUGGUAGUGAUGGGUGUUGCUGCAUGUGUUUACAGGAGCUAUAAGAAGGAGCAGGAUCUUAAGGAUUUGAGUUGGAGGGUUGACUUCAAAGAGUUACAUGAUGUUAACACUCAUGUUUACACUAAUUUUAAUGAAGACGAAACUCAAACUGAAUCAUCUGGAACAUCAACGGUCACGGACCUUAAAGCCGUGACAGCUGCGAAAACUGUAUCCUUGGACUCCAUCCAGAUCUCUAAUGGGCAGAGGAAAAUGUUUAAAAAUCUCCACGUAUUCAAUAAACCUCUUGUUAGUGAGAUUUUCGCUAACGUCUUCCACGAUAUCGACCUCAUGAAGGAGCUGAAAUACCUGAAAGAUCUUAACAGUGAUUAUCUGGUGAACGUAGUGGGAUUGUGCCAGGAUCCUCUGUCUAACUACUUUUGGCUCGUUAACGAGGAUUGCCUGAAAGGAACAUUGAUGGAUGUUUUAAACGACGAGACAAUGGAAAUUGACAGUACUCUGAAACUCAGUAUGAUUGAUGAUAUUGCAACAGGGAUGUCAUUCAUUCACAACAAAACAAACAUAGGAUCACAUGGUAACCUCAAGACAACCAACAUUCUAGUAUCUGACAACUUCACCAUGAAAAUAGGCGAUUAUGGAGAAUGUGUAUUCAUGUCUGAUAUGAAGAAAUUGUAUCAUCAUUCUGAGGUGGAACACAACAAACGCUUACUGUGGAGAGCUCCUGAAUUAGUAAGAAAGAAAUACAUAGACGUAUGUGGAACUAAAGCUGGAGAUACGUACAGUUUUGCAAUCAUAGUCCACGAGAUUAUCAACACAGCAGGCCCAUUCAACCUUAACUCUGUUGAAAACUCUGAAACUCCUAACUCGAUAAUUCUAAAGAUUAAAGAUACGACUCUUGAGCAACCAUUCCGCCCUGAUUUUAGUGGACAAACUAGGAACAAGCCGUUAAGGAGAAUUUCGAACAUGGUAAAACAGAACUGGUGGCAUGAAAACCCUGAAAAUAGAGAUGCUUUCAAGAAGAUUUCUACUCGACUGAAAAGAGUCGAUCCUAAAGGGUCAAAGAAAGGAAAUUUCUUGGAUCGUGCGGUGAAGAGAAUGGAGAAGUUUAGCGAUGCUCUGGCUGAAAAGGCGGCUGAUAAAGAAUCUCAAAUGGACGCUGAGAACAAGAAAGUUAACGAGUUGAAGGAGCACUUUGUUCCCAAGAUCCUAAUGAAUGCUGGAUUGGACAAUUUCAAGCCUGAGAGGUUACCAGACACAAGUGUUGCAGUAAUCGAACUAGCGGGGCUGACGAACGCACUGCAGCAUGGCAAAUCACUCCAGAGUGUGGUGGACUUGGAAACGAAGUUCAGGUCAAUUUUAGACCACCUCGGGCAUGGUACCAGGUUCUUCUUUGGCCAAGGGCAGAAAGCUCGUCGUAUGUGGGUAUGCAGCAGUGUAACAGAAAGCCAGCGCCAGAACUCUAAUCACUUGGCAACUAUAAAAGUUAUCCAGAAAUUGAUAUUAAAGAUGGAACAUGAGAUAGAAGCCGCUAAUCUAAAGGAUGUAAAUGUCUGCAUCAAGGCUGGAAUGCAUACUGGUACAAUACACACAGGCUUGUUGGGGAACGGUGAGGACAUGGCUCCGAAGUUUGCAUUUCUGGGGGUGUGCGAGAUGGCUGACACUUUGUGCUCUCUAACUCAAGGUUCAGAGAUACUUGUAAGUCCUGAGGCUCACAAAGCAAUACAAAGUGACAGACCAAUACGAAGUGAAAAAGAAAGAGAAAGUAAUGUGCCAGAUAAUGACAUAGUCCUAGAUUGGGGAGCAAAGCAAGAGUAUGAGAGCGGUCAAGUGUACGAAGCCUAUUGUUUGCAUGUUAAAAAACCAUCAAAAUCCUUAAAAAAGGUUACAGCUUCCUUACAAAAGGUUACAGCUUCCCCCAGCUACUCCAAGAAGGAAGAAGCUUUUGGUUCCAGUCACAGGGCUGCCCCCAGCUACUCCAAGGAGCAAGAAGCUUCUGCCCCCAGUCACAGGGCUGCCCCCAGCUACUCCAAGGAGCAAGAAGCUUUUGGCCCCAGUCACAGGGCUGCCCCCAGCUACUCCAAGGAGCAAGAAGCUUCUGCCCCCAGUCACAGGGCUGCCCCCAGCUACUCCAAGGAGCAAGAAGCUUUUGUCCCCAGUCACAGUGCUGCCCCCAGCUACUCCAAGGAGCAAGAAGCUUUUGGCCCCAGUCACAGUGCUGCCCCCAGCUACUCCAAGGAGCAAGAAGCUUUUGGCCCCAGUCACAGUGCUGCCCCCAGCUACUCCAAGGAGCAAGAAGCUUUUGGCACCAGUCACAGUGCUGCCCCCAGCUACUCCAAGGAGCAAGAAGCUUCUGUCCCUAGUGACAGUGCUGCCCCCAGCUGCCCUGAUGAGCAAGAAGCUUCUGCUCCCAGUGACAGUGCUGCCCCCAGCUGCCCCGAUAAGCAAGAAAAAUCAUAAAGAAAAGACAGCGUCAAAGUGGAAUGAAAACGAAAACAAUGUCAACUGUCAAGACAGUAAAAACUCUUACCCAUGUCUAAAACAACACCCAAUUGAUUUAAACUAUGUCAUAGUCAAUCAUUGUACUUUAUCACAAUUUAUCUAAUGUCUCACUACACCAGUCACAAUAUGUCACAACUCACCGCACUCGCGUGAUAUACGUGGUCAGAUUGAAACGCAGUUAUAAGAUAUGAACUGCAAUAAUCAUCUUACGUGACCUCUUAGUAGUAUUUGAGCUCGUUAGUGAUUGUAGUUAUACAUUUAGAUUUUUGGGCUGUUAAUUUAAAUUUAUUAUAUUAAAUAUUUAGAGUUUAUUAAUUAUAAGUCGAAAAUGUAUGGUAUGUUCAUUGUUCAUGAUGUUUAUCUUUAUAUAUUAGCUUAAACUAACCUUACAUUAUC